CUACAAAAACAGCACUGAGGCUUUGAACAUAGUAGCAAUGAUAAGGCACUAAGCAUCAGAUCCAUAGAAGUGGGAAUCUACUAAUUUAAGGUGCAGACUGUGCAGAGAGGCCUGAGAGACAGUCCAAUGUAUAAUGCUGAUGCAGGAAGGAACCAAGUGAAAGCACCAUCAGGAAGAAGGAGUAUGAGAAGCUGGUGAAGUACCAGGGACUGAAAGAUCAACAAAGAUGAUAUAGCCAAAGUGAAAUAAACAGCACUGGAAGAAUGUAUAGGAGAAAAAGAACACCAGUAUAAAGGAGCUAUAAGAUCUGAAAGCAAGCCGCAGCAAUCUCCCAGAACAGGGGAAGUAAAAUAAAAGCCAAAGUAGUUCCAGUGGUGGUAGGAGUACUUGGAGCUGAAUUUCCAUAGUUGGGAGAGAGGCUUCAACAGAUCCCAGGAACAAAAUCAGAGUUCUCUGUCCAGAAGAAUGCAAUGCUAGGAACAGCUAAUAUAUUGCACAGAACCCUCAAACUCCCAGAUCUCUGGUAGAGGACCCUGAUUGAGGAAGACACAUACCACCCAUAGAGGGUUUUUGUGAAUAGAAGUCUAGCCAUGGAAAAAAUAAAGUGCUUUGGAUUUGAUAUGGAUUAUACUUUAGCUGUGUAUAAAUCACCAGAAUAUGAAUCCCUUGGAUUUGACUUAACAGUUGAACGGUUAGUUUCAAUUGGAUAUCCUCAAGAGCUGCUUAGUUUUGUCUAUGAUCCUACAUUCCCUACCAGAGGCCUGGUAUUUGAUUCUCUUUAUGGAAACCUGUUAAAAGUUGAUGCCUAUGGGAACAUCCUAGUGUGUGCACAUGGCUUUAACUUUAUGAGAGGGCCAGAAAUACGAGAACAGUAUCCUAAUAAAUUCAUUCAGAGAGAUGAUACUGACAGGUUUUACAUUUUAAACACACUGUUCAACUUACCAGAGACAUAUCUAUUGGCUUGUCUGAUUGAUUUCUUUACUAAUUGUGACAGAUAUUCAAGCUGUGAAACAGGAUUUAAAGAGGGAGACCUUUUCAUGUCCUUCAGAAGUAUGUUCCAGGAUGUGAGAGAUGCUGUAGACUGGGUUCAUUAUAAGGGCUCACUUAAGGAGAAGACAGUUGAGAAUCUACACAAGUAUGUGGUGAAAGAUGGAAAACUUCCACUGCUGCUGAGUCGCAUGAACGAGGUGGGAAAGGUGUUUCUUGCCACAAACAGUGAUUAUAAAUAUACUGAUAAAAUUAUGACAUAUCUGUUUGAUUUUCCACAUGGACCAAAGCCAGGUAGCUCUCAUCGACCAUGGCAGUCUUAUUUUGAUCUCAUCCUUGUGGAUGCACGCAAGCCUCUUUUUUUUGGAGAAGGCACAGUCUUGAGGCAGGUGGAUACAGUUACUGGCAAGUUGAAAAUUGGAACCUACACAGGUCCUUUGCAGCAUGGUAUUGUCUACUCUGGAGGCUCCUCUGACACAGUGUGUGAUCUCCUGGGAGCCAAAGGCAAAGACAUCUUAUAUAUAGGGGACCAUAUAUUUGGAGAUAUUUUGAAGUCCAAAAAGCGGCAAGGUUGGAGAACCUUUUUAGUGAUUCCAGAACUGGCACAGGAACUUCAUGUUUGGACAGACAAAAGCUGCCUUUUUGAAGAACUUCAGAGUCUAGACAUCUUUUUGGCUGAGCUAUACAAGCAUUUGGAUAGUAGCAGCAAUGAACGUCCCGAUAUCAGUUCCAUCCAGAGGCGUAUUAAGAAAGUGACUCAUGACAUGGAUAUGUGCUAUGGAAUGAUGGGAAGUUUGUUCCGAAGUGGUUCCCGACAAACGCUGUUUGCUAGUCAAGUGAUGCGGUAUGCAGAUCUCUAUGCAGCAUCUUUCAUCAACCUCUUAUAUUAUCCCUUCAGUUACCUCUUCAGAGCUGCCCAUGUUCUGAUGCCACACGAGUCAACAGUGGAGCACACCCAUGUGGAUAUCAAUGAGACUGAAUCCCCAAUGGCUACCCGUAAUCGCACUUCAGUGGACUUCAAAGAUUCCGACAAACGACAUCAGCUCACCCGAUCUGUUAGUGAGAUUAAACCACCCAAUCUCUUCCCUCAAACACCCCAAGAGAUUACACAUUGCCAUGAUGAGGAUGAUGAUGAGGAGGAGGAAGAAGAGGAAGAAGAGGAAGAAUAGAAAAUACUUUCAUUAAAUGUGGCUAUAGCAGGAAUUGGCAGGAACUGAUUCCCCCCAGGUGGGGAAUAAUACACAAGCAAGCAAACAAAAACUAAUCAGGAGCCCUUUAUCUUUAGCAAGCUUAUUCCUUGCAGACCUAUUCCAAAUAUACAAAGAAUGUGCUGGCUGAAUUAAGAUGACAUAUAGGUAGCCCAAAUGCAUCCCACACAAAAGGGAAAGCUUGUUUGUGUAUUUUUUAAUUCUCUACUGGUUCAUUUCAUUAAAAUAGCCUCUCAGGCAGGAAAGUUUCUAUGACCUGCAGUAAUCACAACAAUUAUAGUUAUUUGACCCUUUAGGGAGGGAGUCAUCUCUCUCUCUCUCUCUCUACUCAAUCCUGUAUAUGUAAAAAUGGGAGUAUUUUCAGGGUUCAGUUCAUCAAUCAAGCGCGGUCCUCUGCCUUUGCUCUAUUGCUUUCUAGCUUCUACUCAUUUUUAUACGUUAUGAUUUAUGAAAUGAUAUACCAUCUGUUCUUGGAUGUUUGAUAGGUAAUUUUCUGUGGCUGAAAUUUGGAAGCUUUAUCAUUCUGAUGGAGGCAUGUGGUGCCUGUGUUCUGGAACCUUCUAAAAUGGAUCCUUAUGCCAUGUGCUUAUUCGUUGCCCUGAUUAUUUCUACUGGGGAGAUCUAUGCUUUUUACGCUCAAUUUUAUGGGAGAAGGAAAAGAAGAGGUUGUUUUGUAUGCGUGCAUGACCUCAAAGAAAACAACUGCUUAUAUAGUCCAGGCAAAAUUACAAUCUUUUAAAAAAGGAAAUUUUAUUUGCGCCUCUUUUCAUUACCUUAUUAUUGCUAAAACUUUAGCUCUGUGUCAGAGUGAGAUUCUUUUUUUCAGUUAGCAGCCACUAAGCUCACUCCUACAGAGUUGGAAUAUGUGGCAGCAAAUGGUUCCAGAGCUUUUACAAAACAGACCGCCUUCAACAGGAUGUCCUUGUUGGGCCACUGUUUUUACCUCCAUUCCAAGAAUGAGACUCAAUGAAGGUCAGCUUCAUAAUAUUUGUAAAAGGCUCCGAGGGCCUGGCGUUGUCCUAUUGAUUAGUUCAGGCUGUUAAAUUAAAGCACAUUUCCUGAUAGUUACUCUCUAGUGCAAGGCUGCCUGGGUUUCUUUUUCAUACAAAUAAGCUGUUUCCUGGAGUGUAAACAUCUCUCACCAUUCUGUGCCAUUGGUGUAUAGAAGACAGAAAAAGAGGCCCUAUUUUAAAAUAUUGCAAUUUUUAUUUUGAAUCAUUUAAUAGUAAUUAUAUUCCAUUAUUAAACACACUGAAUUGCAAAUCAGCAGGAUAAACUGGUACUGCUCUGACAAAUCUGCAAAUAAAAAAAUUAUGAUAUUCAUAAGCAGCUUUCAUGUGUUUCUGAAGAUGCAAAAAAAAAGGUAAAGUCAUCGGCUAACAAAAGUUUUACAAGCAAGUUUAAAGAUAUGUGAAUAAUAUCUCAUCCAGGGAUAAUAAACAUGAAAAGUACAGAUGUUUCAUGAAAUGUAGAGCAAUUCUGGGAUAUUCAGCUCCCAUUAUCUAUACCUCAUUGCAUUCUGUUGUAACUGGAUGGCAAUGGUGGGCAAUUUGGAUUUCGUCCAGAGGUUAAUCUUGGAAUAGAGGUGAAUACCUACAUCAUAAUGAGCUGCCUAUUAUCAGUGCAAUCAGAAUUGGAAGAGGCUGCCCACAGGCAACAGAUCAUUUUAGAGUUCCAACAACCUACAUUUAAACUUUUGUAUUCCUGUUCUGUGUUAUUAUGGAUUUCUGGCUUUAUGAACCAGCUCUUAGUUGCCCCAACAAUAAUUUCACCAGGUUGCAGUCAUCUUGUCUUAGUUUGGAAAAAGAGCUUUUAACUGCUCUGGUGGUAAGUAGUCAGUUCAACUACUACUUUUAUUUCUAAAAGAUAUUAUUUACAAUUGUAGCAAGCAUUUCCAGCACCCCUUCAAAUUUGUCCUCAACACUUUGAUAAGAAAGAAGAUUAAAAAAAAGUGAUGGAAUGCUUGAAGUGGGAUUUGUUGCCAGUACUAUCACAUACUUCAAACUAAUUUAGAUCCUCCAGAACAGAUUUGAGGAAACCAGAGGUACAGGAAAAAAAAUCCAAUUGUGGCAAUGAAGACUAAUUCAUGUCAGUCCAAACACAGCCCAUUGUUUGUUCUGGUCUUAACUAUAAUUAACUUAUGCCUUCUAGAUUUCCUCAAUAAAUCUGAAUGCAAGUCUCCAUGUCUAAGGCAUUCUGGUUGUCCUGAAAAACAGCUGCAGCAAAAAUGGUCGUUGCAUCUAACAGUGAUUUGUUGGGGUGGUCCUGUUUUAUUCCACUAGUACAGAAAUGAUUGAUUGACAUGUCACCAUGCCAUCUCAGUCACAUGGAGAGAGCAGUGAAAAGCAAUCUAGGCAUAUACACUGUAUUAAGAUUUUGAGUAGUUUUCACUAAGCAUCGUGUAUUUGUAUUAUUUCUCCAGUACACUCAUACCAUAUUGUAUUAGUUUUAACUAUCUUUUAGGAGAAAGCAGGAAACAAAAUAUGUUUAAAGGGCUCCUACUUUGCAGCACAAAUUCAGCCAGCAGCUCUUCUGUUAAAGCCACUAUAAGUACUGGACAUGGUAUGGGUGAGGUGUUAUUUAAAUCCCUAUAUAGCUAGAGAAUUCACCAGAUGACAUGAGCCAUUCACAUUCACACACAUUUUAACUUACCCCCCAAGAAAUUGUGAAGAUAGGAAAAUAAAAUAAAAUACAUUGUAGGGAGCAUUUAAAGAUGAUUAGACAGAAUCCUAUUGUCAAAAUCGUAAUCUGAAUUUCAGUUUCCUUAUGUUUUUGGGGGGGAAAGGCUGAAUAAGAAUGGUACAAAAAGAUGACUUUGGCAAUAUGAAGACUUCUUUUUUUUGCUAUCCACUGAGAGAAUUUAAUAUUUUGUUGCUUUAUUUGAGUAUCAUAUCCUACUAACAUUAAGGGAUAACUGACUUAAAGUUGAGAAGGAAUCAUCGUUUUUGGUGUCUUUAAAAAAAAUCUAAAAGGCAUAGAAACAACUGAAGUAUAUGAUUAAUAUUCUGCAGAUCAGUGAUGGUGAACCUUUUCUGCACCGAGUGCCGAAAAGGGAGCAUGCACCUUUCUGGGCCACAACCUGGAAGAGGAGCAUGUGCGCAGCCAAAAAUGAACUUCCGGUUUCAGGCAGCUGCUCUUCCGGGUUUCUGGCACACAUGCACACGCGGCGAUCAGCUGGCCGGCGCACAUGCUCACACAGGAAAACGGAAGAUCUGCUCUUCUAGUUCCUGGCACUGCUGCGUGCCAAAAGGCCAGUUGAUCAUUGUGUGAGCAUGCGUGCCAGAAACCCGGAAGAGGAACAGGAACGCCGCACAUGUCAGACAACAUAGAUGUGCCACCUCGGGCACACAUGCUAUAAGUUCGCCAUCAUGGCUCUAGAUCAGGGGUGUCCAAACUUGGCCCCUUGAAGAGUGGUGGACUUCAACUCCCAGAAUUCCCCAGCCAGCAUGAGCUAUAAAUAUGAGCAAGUUGCUGGCUGGGGAAUUCUGGGAGUUGAAGUCCACCACUCUUCAAGGGGCCAAGUUUGGACAUCCCUGCUCUAGAUAGAUUUAGAUUUAGAUGAAUACUUCAGCCAUUUUUAUCUAGGUUAAAAAUAAAUGUAGUAUUUAUCUUAUGUAGUAGGAAAGAAAAAUUCCAUCAUCAGCUUGUUGAGUACAUAAUAGCAUAACAAGGGGCUUAAUUGGACACCCAAAUCUUCCAUGAAUACUUGAAAUAAUAUCACACCAGGAGGGAAGGAAAAUUGGAAGGUCAGCUAGUUCUUAA